ACAAUGUGACGCUACAGGCAUUUACAAGGACGACACAUACAAUGACGGCACCUACACCUAUGUACUAUAGUGCCAAAUCAGCUACAGCCUCAAACACAUCACAUGACCUCACUGCAUUGCCCUCAACAACCUCCGUCACCGGGGAUGAUGUAACAGCACCGACAACCACAUACAAAAGCACCAAUGACGGCGUAACACUACCACCUGUUACACCUUCUAAUCACACAUUCAAAUCACUGAUUACUACAUCAAAUACCACCAUUAGUAGCUCCAUGUCACGAAAUUUCUCUACACAUAGCCAUACAACCUCCUUGACAAUGACAAAAUUCUCUACAAGUAACUACAACACAUCAGCAACAACGACCGUUCCUUCAUUUGCUCAUACCUCCAUGUCACCAGUGACCAAUACAACCAACAGUAAGGUCUCAUUGCCAACAAUGAACUAUACUUACAGAACGCUACUGUCAACAUUCAAUACAACCAGUGACAAUGACACACUACAAACAGUUUCCCUCUCCACUUUCGAUACUACUUCCCUGUCAACAGCGACCACAUUCAAAACUUCGGACAACGGUAGCAUGUCAAAUACAACCACUAUGCAUACAGUUGAAUACACUGAUAUAUCAAGAAGUACAUCCGGUAACAAUGGUACAUUCCCAACAACACAACCCUUUACAACCAAUCAAACUUCAAUAGCACAUAAAACUGCAUUCAAUGUAAGCAAUGAUAUCGCAACUGCAACAGACACCCCAUCAACAGUCACCCAUACGCCACUAGCAGCAUUCAGUACAGCAAGUAAAAGUGGCAAAUCAACAAUCGCCACAUUAUUUACAAUGAUCUACACUUCAAUAAUACCGGAUAUUACUUCGCCAUCAGUUGCAUACCCUACAGUUAAUCGAACCUUCUCACCACAUACUGACACUGUCAACAUAAGCAGUAACAGUUCCACAUCAUAUACGUCUACUCCUUCUUCCAUCAAACAUACUAGCAGAUUCAGUACAACGGGUAACAACGUAAAUUCACAAACGUACACAGAUGUUCAUUUGACACAUAGUAAAACCGAGUCGUCCAUAUCAAAAACAUCUCGCGACAGCACUACAUUACAUACAGACAUUACCACUACUCACAGUUCCAUAUCCAGCACAAUCAGUCACAACACCACGUCUUACACAAACACUACUCACACACCCAGUCAUACUUCCGAAUCCAGUAGUAUCAAUAUUAACGCGACAUCGCAUACAAACGCCCUCCCUACACCAAACUUCACUUCAACAUUCACCACGACCAGUGACAACGCCACAUUACAUGCAACUACACCCACUAUCGACACGCACACUAGUACGCACACCACACCACCUACAGCCACUCUUCUCACCGUCAUUUACACUUCCAUGUUCGAUGCAAUCAGAAACGACACGACACUACAUACAGUACCUCCAGUCAGCAAUGCUUCCAUACCCAACACAACCAGUAGCAUACCUGUAUCACACACAGUUACACCUUACAGAGGCAAUUACACUCUCACGUUAAAUACAACUAGUAACGCUUCCGAAUUCAACACAACCAGCAACAAUAACAUGUCAUAUACAACUACUACUCUUACAACCAUAGGAUCAUAUACAACCACUACUCCUACAGCCAUAGGAUCAUAUACAACUACUACUCCUACAGCCAUAGGAUCAUAUGCAACUACUACUCCUACAGCCGUAAGAUCAUAUACAACCACUACCCCUACAGCCAUAAGAUCAUAUACAACGACUACUCCUACAGCCAUAAGUACCUUCCUGCUCAAUGUAACAGGUAACGUCACCACUUUACAUGCAGCUACUUCUCGUGCUGACUUUGCCACGUCUACAUCCAAUGAAAUAAGCAACAACAAAACUUCACAAACAACUGAAACACUGCACAGAGCAUCAGACAGCUACAGCGUUGAUAUUAAAUACAUUCUCAUCAUCAAGAGAAGAUAA